AUGCACAGGCGCUCGUCCGAUCCCUCGGACGAGACUGACGCUUCCUUCUCCCCCGACACCACCACCGGUCAUGGAGACAGCUCCCCCAGCACUCAGGCUCAGUGGGACACGCUGCCGUCGCAGAUAGCCGCACCCGCCGCCAGCCUCGAUUUUCGUCCUCAUCAUCCAUUCUCUGCGCCGCGAUCCAGGAAUUCGAGCGCCGUCCGGUCUUCCUUCUCGCCUUCGCCUUCGCAUGCAUCCACCACGCCCCCUACUCCCGCUUCUACAAAACUUCCCGCUUCCCCCGCCGCUGCCGACAUGAUCCCGUUGGCUUCCUGGCAGCCCUCGAUCGAGGGCUCGCCGGAGGCCCAGCGCGGUCGCCAGUUCCGCCUUCGCAGCCCCUGGUCAGUCUCAAUUCUGUCUCUGUCCACUGCUCUCGCUGGUGUUUUCUUCUUCUUGUUCAUUAUGCACUCUUUUAUGCGCCGUCCGCUUGGCGCCGACGGCUGUCAAACUCCUCUCAUGAGUCCGACGUAUCUGAAGAUGCUUGGAUUCGACGCCGAGCACACUCGUUUUGCAAGCAAAUACAAUUUAUAUCUCUACCGUGAGGAGGGUGUGGACUAUUACUCGCAAGAUAAUAUUGGGCUCAGUGGUGCGCCUGUCCUCUUCCUCCCCGGAAAUGCUGGUAGUUACAAGCAAGUCCGAUCAUUGGCAUCCGAAGCCUCGAGACAUUACCGGGAUGUCGUGCAACAAGAUGGGGAUCGUUUGAAAGCAGGGGCUCGCAACUUGGAUUUCUUCAUGGUGGACUUCAAUGAGGAUCUCGCAGCCUUCCACGGCCAAACCAUUCUGGACCAGGCUGAGUACGUCAACGAAGCUCUUACGUACAUUCUUUCGCUCUACCACGAUCCUCGCCGUCUAAACCGUGAUCCGAGCCUCCCGGACCCCAGCUCCGUGAUAUUGAUCGGACAUUCAAUGGGUGGCAUUGUUGCUCGUACUGUCCUGACAAUGGCUAAUUAUCAGGCGAAUUCGGUUAACACCAUCAUUACCAUGUCCACCCCGCAUGCGAAACCCCCGGUGUCCUUCGACUCGGAUAUAGUGCAUACGUACAAACAGAUUAACGAUUAUUGGCGAGCUGCCUAUUCCCAAGAAUGGGCAAAUUAUAACCCUCUAUGGCAUGUGACUUUGAUUUCUAUUGCUGGAGGAGCACGCGAUACAAUUGUGGGGUCGGACUAUGCUAGCCUUGCAUCUCUGGUUCCUGAAACUCACGGCUUUACCGUGUUUACAUCGACCAUCCCCGACGUGUGGGUAGGUACCGACCAUUUAUCGAUAACAUGGUGCGACCAAUUCCGCAAAGCGGUUAUAAAAUCGAUUUUCGAAGUUGUGGAUGUGCAUCGCUCAAGCCAGACGCGGCCCCGAGCUGAAAGGAUGCGUAUUUUCAAAAAAUGGUUUUUGACUGGCAUGGAGCCUACAGCCGAGCGGACGCUUCCGCAGCAAGAACCGAAUACUCUUCUUACAUUAGAUUCUAGCACGAAUACGAUUUUAUCUCAGGGCGAACGCCUCGUUUUGCGUGGGCUUGGUAACCACAAGGAGUCAGAAGCACAUUUGAUCCCCGUUCCUCCUCAAGGCGUACCCGGCAAGAAAUUCACUCUUCUGACAGACCGGCCAUUUGACAGGCCAGAAGGUGACCUGGAAGUUCUUUUCUGCGCUGUUUAUCCUUUACAGGCCGGGAGGGUUGCAUCAUACUUCUCAAUGAACCUAGACUUUUCACGUGGGGAAUCUGGGUCCACACGUUUGGCAUGCAAGAAUGCUGCGGAGGACAGAAUACACCUCCCCGCAUCAACAUCUUCAUCGCAGCAAGCUUUUGAUAAUCGACACCCUUUCUCAUACCUGCAAUACGACCUGGAAGACUUAUCCGAACACCAAUUCGUCGCCGUAAUAGACAAGGCACAAGCUCCGAGUAAUGGCUGGGUUGUUGCCGAAUUUUCCGACAGCUCUGAUGCAGUCAUUCCUACUCGCGUGGGACUCGGUCGUCUCCUGAGCGCUGGGCUUCAUGUGAAAUUACCUGCUAACAGACCAAUGCUAACAGAAGUCAAAAUCCCUUCGUUGCAUUCUAGUCUGUUGGCAUACAAGCUUUCGGUGCGGACCGCUGGAUGCUCAGAUCCUGCUCCGCUGUUUUCUCCUCUCUUGCGCCAGUCGAUGCCAGAGCCGCACGAAUCGAAGUUCUUCGUUAAUCUUCAUGAUGAUGUGAAUGUGAACCUGCAUGGUGUUGCACCGUAUAUGCCCCCUCCUUUGCGAGAGCAGGCUGCCUAUGGGGUAUCAUUCCACUUGUGGUCUGAUCCGACAUGUUCGUCAAGCGUCGACCUGUCUUUGGCGGUAAACAUUCCGAAUAGUUUGGGUGAACUAGUGAUGCGGUAUAGAACUGUUUUCGCACCGUUUCCCCUGCUUGUUGUCGCUCUUGUCUUGCGCAAACAAUUCAAAGUAUAUGACGACACUGGCUAUUUCAUCACCUUCAUGGAAAGCUUGAAUCUCUGUCUCCGCUCAUCUUUACCUGUGCUGCUGGGCGUGUUGUCCCUUUUGGCGUCUUCUCUGGCAUCUACAAGACGACUACCUCCGAGUGAUGACCCUUUUAAUUGGAGGAAAAAUUCAACCGAAAGUGUAGUCGAUUUUACGAAAUACGAUUUACUACUCGGCGCUCAGGAUGCAUUUUUCUGGUUCUUGGUGCCGCUUUUUGGGUUGAUCAGCAUUGGCUUAUGUGUUGCCAUCAACUAUGUUUCUUUACUGAUAUUAACAUUGCUGUCGUCUGCCUAUGGGAUGCUCCGCACGAAAACGGGCUAUAUUCGUCGGGAUGACCGGGGAAAUCUCCCAAUAUUUUCCCAUCCUAGCCCACGCCGAAGAAUAAUCAAUUGUACCAUACUUCUCAUCCUUGUGGCAACGGUCAUCCCGUACCAGUUUGCAUAUAUUGUGGCAUGUUUAGUGCAAAUUGCCACAUGUGUGCGCGCAUUAUGGCAUUUCAGAGAGACACGACUCACUCUCAAUUCAAAUUUCUUCAACUACGCUCACUCGAUUCUGACACUCAUGCUCUGGGUUCUUCCGAUAAACAUUCUUGUCCUGGUAGUCUGGGUUCACAACCUGGCUGUCCAUUGGCUGACACCAUUCUCGUCGCACCACAAUGUGUUAUCGAUAAUGCCCUUCUUGAUUCUAGUCGAGACCAUGACGAGCGGUCACAUGAUUCCACGUAUUUUUUCACGAGUCAAACAUGUCACAUAUACCAUUCUCUUCUGCCUCGCCGGCUAUUCAGCCGUAUACGGGGUCUCUUAUGCAUAUCUACUCCACCACGUCGCUAAUAUCUUCUCCGCUUGGCUGGUGGCCAUUUAUCUCGUUUCCGGCGGGUUUUCUAUUCGCCGUAUAUUUCGAAUUCUACAGGGCAAUAAUGGCGACGAGAAUAAUAUAAGUAUGACGGGCCUAUCCGACAAUACUAGUGGGAAACACCAUGUGAAAAAGAAGCCCUAA